AUUGAACUUAUCACUGCAAAUUUCUAUUGUUGAAUGAGUCGGACAGCGAACCACAACAUCUAGAAAUACUAAAUUUUGUCCCUGUUGGCAGACGUCAAGCGAUUGUGGCGAAAGUUGAAUUAAGAGAAAACUCGAAUUUGCUUGCAAAAAAAAUCUUUUCUGUUGUUUUCUUUUGCUCAAUCACAAUAUUUUCAUCCUCAUCCGAAGCAAAAAUAUUUACAAAUUGCUUACCUACGUAUUAUUUUUUGGCGGGUACUUAGGAGAGAAAUACGUGCAAACAACAUACAUGUGAGAGUUUAGAAAGCAGACAAUGUUUAUUUCUUGAUUACAAAAUCGCAAUUCAAUUGCAAAAUAGGCGUAAACAACAACAAUUACAACAGCAGUAGAGCAAUAAUUUUUUAUAAUUUGCUUACGAAGCGCGUGAUAUAAGCAAGGCUUGUAUUUGCGCUAGAAUCAUAAUAUGCCAGAUAAUUUGAUUAGUCAUGCAAAAUAUGCUGCAAGCUCGCCACCAAAAAUGAAUGUGAGUGGUGCAUCUUUCGGGGGAAGCACUUUUUGGCAACGUAGAGAAGACAUAUUUAAGCGUCUACAACAGAGUGCAGAAAUAUGCAGACUUAAGUUUAGUGGACGCAAAGAAUUAGCAACAGAAAAGGAUGAUAAUGUGGCAGAAUUAUGUGAGGCUUUAGAAGAUGCAUUCGCAUAUGGUUUAAAACAACAGCAUUCCGUGGUAACCAUCACUGCGGCAAGUAUAUUUCAGAAUAUGCACGAAAUAGUUACAGGUAAUAGCUCCGGUAUAAACGACAACAGUAGUGACGUAACCUUUUGGGAUUUCUGUCGAGUACAUUUAACCACACACGAACGAGAACGUUUCGAGCAACUUAAACAUGUAUGGACAAAAUGUGGGCUCGGCAGAGCGUUCAUACGCGCCACCUUAAAUGAAAACUCUCUGCAACGUUAUUUGCUAACAUGGUUAGCUGAGGAAGAUACUUUGCGUCGCCACUAUACGCAGUGGUCACUUCUGCUGGAUACCAACGCUAGUAAGGAGCUGCCACAAAUAAUAGGCUCAUUACAUGAUGUGCUUUUCGCGUUGACUCUGAAUUCUACAGAAUUAAAUGCACCAACGCGUAUAACUCCACUACAACCGAACAAAGAAGAACCUGUAAUAUAUGCGCCUACACCAGUACCUGCUGCUGGCAGCAAAAGCAAACGCCGAACGCAGCCAGUAGAACGUCCGAUUGCCACGGCGAAUUCCACGGAGGAUUUAAUAAACGCAAUCAAAGAGGUUACUAAAGUGAUUGAAGAAAAUACACCUGUCGAUAUAUUUGAGGCUAUGGUAGAGCUACCAAUGCAAGAUGAAAUGGAAACAACUCCACCAGAUCCUAUAGAACCGGAAUUGGCAUUUCUUAAAGAACCUCUACCCGAUAUAUAUCCUCAACCGGAAGCAAAGAAUGUGGAGCAGUCUUCUACGAAGGAAAACCCUUCCGGCGUAAAUCAGUAUUGUAACGGUGAUAAAAUCUCCACUACCUCAAUGAGUGAGCAAGAGUAUGAGGAUAAGAGUGACAGUUCUUCACAGUAUAGCAAAUCAUCAUCCGCAAAUUGCACUGCUAAUCAUGCGGCCAUGGAGGAGAGACUACGUGAAAUGGAGGAACGCUGUACACUCUUAGAGACACGAGUGGCACAAUUGACGCGAGAGAAUCGACAACUUGUACGACGUUUAACACAAAACUUCAAUGGGCUCGCCAUCGACCCAUCAGCUUCUUUGGCAACAAACUUUCUCAUUACCAUUCCAACGGCGGAACUAAAAAAGACAAAACACGGCACCUCCUACUACGCUUACGAAGUACACAUUACGAUGCGUCAAAACUUGGAGCAUUGGGCGCUAUGGCGUCGCUAUCGUGAUUUCCACAAACUACACAAAUCGCUGCUUCGUACUCAUCCUAUCGUUUCGUCGGUAGAGUUUCCACCGAAAAAACACUUUGGUAAUAUGAAUCUGGCAUUUGUGGAGGAGCGUCGUCAGCAAUUGCAGAUUUACUUGUUGAAUGUUGUGGAGAUUUUGCCACAAGUAGAGGCUUGUAAGUCGAAGGCGGAGCUGCAAAAGAUAUUUCCGUUUCUGCGUGAGCGGUAACAGGAUCAACAUGUAGAUAUUGUAGAGUUUUCGCUCAUUAGUAUUAAAUUGUUAUGCCUUUUUGAAGUUGAUUUGAAAACUGCGAGUUUCUUAACGUUUUUUUGUACCAUGAUGAACGGGUUUUUGUUGCACUUUUCAAUAUUAUAAACAUAUUUAUAUCAAACAAUUAUACUCGAUUAAAUAAAUAAGAUUUAAACCCA